AACACCACAGCUCCCCCCUCCUCUGCUUCCACCACCUCCCUGAGCGCGAGAUCCAGAUCUUGGCAGCAAUGGCGGGGACGGUGACAAUCCCCGGCUCGUCGGUGCCCUCGACGCCGCUGCUCAAGGACGAGCUGGACAUCGUGAUCCCGACCAUCCGCAACCUCGACUUCCUCGAGAUGUGGCGCCCCUUCUUCCAGCCCUACCACCUCAUCAUCGUGCAGGACGGCGACCCCAGCAAGGUCAUCAAGGUGCCCGAGGGCUUCGACUACGAGCUCUACAACCGCAACGACAUCAACCGCAUCCUCGGCCCCAAGGCCUCCUGCAUCUCCUUCAAGGACUCCGCAUGCCGCUGCUUCGGCUACAUGGUCUCCAAGAAGAAGUACGUCUUCACCAUCGACGACGACUGCUUCGUCGCCAAGGACCCAUCCGGCAAGGACAUCAACGCUCUUCAGCAGCACAUCGAGAACCUGCUCAGCCCGUCCACCCCGUUCUUCUUCAACACCCUGUACGACCCCUACCGCGAAGGCGCCGACUUCGUCCGUGGAUACCCCUUCAGCCUCAGGGAGGGCGCCCCCACCGCCGUGUCCCACGGCCUGUGGCUCAACAUCCCCGACUACGAUGCGCCCACGCAGAUGGUCAAGCCCCGUGAGAGGAACAGCAGGUAUGUUGAUGCUGUCCUGACUAUCCCCAAGGGAACGCUGUUCCCCAUGUGUGGCAUGAACCUUGCCUUUGACCGUCAGCUCAUCGGCCCUGCCAUGUACUUUGGCCUCAUGGGCGAUGGCCAGCCGAUCGGCCGCUACGACGACAUGUGGGCUGGAUGGUGUGUCAAGGUCAUCUGCGACCACUUGAGCCUGGGAGUCAAGACUGGCCUGCCUUACCUGUGGCACAGCAAGGCCAGCAACCCCUUCGUCAACCUCAAGAAGGAGUACAAGGGCAUCUUCUGGCAGGAGGACAUCAUCCCGUUCUUCCAGAGCGCCACCCUCUCCAAGGAGUGUGACACAGUCCAGAAGUGCUACAUCUCGCUCUCCGAGCAGGUCAGGGAGAAGCUUGGUAAGAUUGACCCUUACUUUGUGAAGCUUGCUGAUGCCAUGGUCACCUGGAUUGAGGCCUGGGAUGAGCUCAACCCAUCCGCUGCUGCUGCUGCUGAUGCUGAGAACGGGAAGGCAGUGGCCAAGUAGGCCGGUCGGCUGAUCUUCUGAAGAAGUCAAGAGAAUACUGAAGCAGCCAAGUGUAUGGUUGGGGCCUCGGCCCUCAUAGAUAUAUACUAUUAGUUCUUUUUGACAAGGAGAGAUCACUGAGGAAGAAGCUUUUAUAAUUCACUGUUGUUAUGCUGGUGGUUCUUUUGUAGCUGGAAAAAGGAUUUGUUAUCAUUUACAUUAUACAAGACAAAUAAUAAUAGUUCUGCGUAA